AGAGCUGUGUUAUGGGAUGACUUAAAAAUAAAGCUUUCCUUUUCCUUUCCCAACUAUUGAGGUUCUGUUGGGCAUUUCAAACCAAUUUCUUCUAGCUUCAUUGUUUACUUUAUAUGUCUACCCAUACAGAGUCAUCACAAUUCAUUUUGGUGCACAAAAAAAAAGAGUAUUUCAAAUUGUCCAUGGAAGGUUUGAGACUUUUGUUCCCCUAACCCAGAGUCUGAUAUCCUCAAGACAAACAUGAUGGAAGGAGAGAGAAUUCUCUUGUUUUCCACCUUCCCCCUUCACUGCAGAAAAAGGCUGAUUUCUUGAGUGAUUUUGAUUUGGGUUUGGAUCAAAGGCUUUGUGUUGUAAGAUGAACUAUUCACACAUCUUAUUUAUUGAUUCAAAUUCAGUUUCGUUUAUAGAGCUGGUAAAUGAACAUCUGUAUAUAAUAGUGUUUUUUGUCUGAGCUCUCUUUGUAGUGAGUUUAUGUAGACUGUGUGUAUGUUUGUGUGUCUGUAUGUAUAUAAGGCACAUUCUUCAAACAUAUUGGGUAUUCUUUUGAUUUUUCUGAAAGCUUACAAACACAAACCAGAUUUCUUUUCAACAGGGGAAGCAACCCUUUACUUAUUCAAUAGUGGUGCACAGCAGCUGUUUGAAGUAAAAGCUUUUCACGAGGAACGUCGUUCCUGGUUUAUAGGUCAGACUGUUCAGCAGGAUGGGCGCCUGCUGUUUGUUACUCCAAUGGACCCCUUAUUUCUGAUACUUUACUACCUCAUAAAGGCAGACAAAGAGCAGCAAGGAAAGUUCCAGCCAAUUGAUCAAGUUGUGCUAGACUCAGAAUACCCUGACUGCCCAUUGCUGCUGAAGUGUGCAGAUGUUAAACAGUACAUACAGCACGUAACAGAAGAAAAAGAGAUUGGGAGUCAGAAAUUCCACAAAUACAGCCAAGAGAAGACACUGAAGUGGUUAAAGAAAAAGGUUAAUCAAACAGUGAAAGCACUUAAAAGCAACAAUAUAUUGGUAGGUGAAAGGGUGCUUGCAAGUACAUUUAUCAACAGUAAACAGAUCACAGAUGCUCAGGAAGACUAUGUACGGUAUGCCCAUGGGUUAAUAUCAGAGUAUAUUCCUGAAGAUCUGAGUAAGGAGCUGUUAAAAUACUUGGGGCUCCCAGAACUUAGAAGCCCAGCACCAGAGCCACCACUGAAGAUGCCUGAGAAAAGACGUGCAAAGAAAUGAAAGGAGCAUAAGGAGACUCGCUUAUAUUAUUGCAACUUGCCAUAAUCACAAAGCUGCUUUUGAAGGCUCUUUUUACGCACUUUCUGAAAAAUAAAUGCUCGACAUCGGCCAUGCCCUGUUCCAAGAAAAAGCAAAUCUCAGCAGAUUAGCAUUGUUAAAUAUGCAGUGUGUUAAACAUACACUGCUUCAAAUUUUAUAGCUUACACACGAUUGGUCUAUCGGGCCCUUCCAGGAAAGCACUUACGAGCAUGCCUAAUGUUAAGCACAUGAGCAGUGAUCCCAAAGUCAGCCGUGUUGUUGGUGUGGGUAAGUGCUUUGCUGGAUCGGUGCCUGCAGCCCUGUUAGGUGCUGAGCAUCCUGAUCCAUAUCCAGCAAAGCACUUAGGUCCAUGCUUAUCUUGAAGUGGAAGAGCCAGUCUAGUAUUUGUGCAUUAGUGUUCACCAUAAAAUCUCUCUUGGCACAAUGACUCAUAUGCUUAAAAUUAAGCACCUGCCCAAGUAUUUUGCAAGGUCAGACCAACUGCAUCCUUGAGCAAGUCUUAAAUACUUGAUUUUCCAUGAUUUUUUUUUUACUCAUUUUUUAAUAAAAUGUAUGGUUUUAGUGACCAUAAUUACAAGUUUUAGAAGGUGUAUAGCAGAAUAUGUUUGUAUAGCAUGUUCUAUGCAAUUUUCUUCCUUCUUUUUCAAAAUCUAUCCAAAUUCAGAAAAGUGGCCUUUUUGGAUGAGAGGUCCAAUGUUCAGUUAUAAAAUCAAGCAAAAUUUAAAAACCCAAUAUUGACUCUUUUUAGGACAUUUAGACUUUUUAAAAUAAUUUCACUGAGUUUGAUUUACACUAUUUUGUCUAAUACUGACCUGUUUUACAGAAGGUGUCACCUAGAUGAGGUUGUGUGGACAGUCUGACUCUAAGUGCUAAGGCUUCGGGUAGGUUGUGUGUUCAGAAGGUUAGAUGGAGAAGCUGGCUUUUUUUAAUUUUACUUCUUUUAUUCUGAGGGAUUGCAAACAUGUAUAAACAUGUAUAAAACAGCAUGUACAUUUUGUGUUAAGAACUAAACCAAAACUUGUGUAAUUCUUCAGGUAAAAAAA